CAGCCAACAAGACUAGAACUUCACGCGUUUACGAAUAACUAAGAAGCAAAGCAGUCAUGUUGGCAAGAUCAAAUAGCUUGAUUUUCUCCCCUGUAAGUAACUUCGAUUACAGGUCGAUGCCACGGAGCAAAGAGCCAGAAAUCUUCACUUUCGAGCCGGUUCCACUCCAAUAUGUGCCGCUGCGCAACACGUCGUUCCGGCCCCGGAGGAAGAAUACGAGGGUCAUGUACCCGGCUAAUGUCCGAAAGUACCUCCCAAAGCCUGAGAAGAGCCCGGCGAAGCGCUGGCUGCUAAUUCUGUGCCUGGUGGUGUUCCUGCAGAUCUACACGGAAGAGCCCAACGUGGAGGCGACAACGACUCAGAGUGCCGCCGAGAGCUCAGCCCCGGACGUAACGAGCGAGGACCUGUCCUUCUCGCAGUACCAAAUGCUGCCUUUCGAGUCCGCCGAGCAGCAGGCUCGCCAGAUGAAAAGCCUGGCUCCUGAAUUCCUCAUGACCCAGCCGCGGCUCGAAGAUGUCUGAAUUGUACGAGCAGAGCAGACGGAACAGCUACGUUGUGGCUCUCCUCUACCCGGUUUACCACAGACAGUCGCAUCAAGACGGGCGCUGGCGAGGCACAGUUUGGCGGAGGAACAGCCAGCUACCCCGGGCUCCGCUCCAAGUGAACGGGGACGUUGAAGAGAUAUCCUAAAACGGCGGAGAACUUGAAGAACUGACUUGAACAAUUUACCACAUUACUUGAAGGAAAAUUGUCACCGACUAUAGACACUAAACUUGAAGUUGAUAUUUUUUGCUGAUCUACAGAUGUAGGUGAUCACGUACAUAGCCUACAGGUAACCUCCUUUGUUAUACUGACGUCAAGCGUCGGCGAGAGGAGGAUCCAACAACGCAUGAAAUAGCUACACCUCGAUACUACUUGAAACUAGUUUCUCAUGUUGUAUUUAUAUCAUAAUGUAUAAUUGUAUUUAUUGUUAUUUAUUGUCUGACUAUUUAUUCACAUGAAUCGAAAGUAUUUAUUGUAAUAUUGCUUAUGAAUAAAAUGAAACGUCAAAUGUA